GCACGGAACUUAAAAAUGUCCGCUUAAAAAGUCAUAAAAACGAGGUAGCGUGGUCGUAUGCAAAUGCGGCUCGGAUGCGACGUUUCGCUGAAAUUCCAUCUUUUGUCAACUUUUAAAGAUGCAUUAAAGCAGAAAAUUUCGAAAUUGUAGGUAAGGCGGAGGAGAUUCGUGCGAAUCAAUGCGAGUUUAUUGAUUUGCGCAUCGAGCCAUAGGUGUCUCUGGGCCUGGUGCUCGCAGCGUUCUUUUGUGCGCUUCGUGCACUAGUCGAGUACCCGCCAAUCGUAUCUUUCCAACUCUCCGUGUGCUCGCUACCAACUUCUUAUGACGCCAUUUUACCCCGACGAGGAGCAGUUCGCGCUGUGAAAAUCGUCCGGGAUGGUCGGCGAAUUACGCGAGAGUGCCGGUCCACAGACGAAUUAAAUGACCAGCUAGUCUCCUGCGAAUUGAUCGCCAGUUCGAGUCGCUGAUUUGCUAUGGAAUAUGAUUCUGGAUUGGAAAUCACCGCUUUGACCUCGAGGAAAUACAAAAAGCAUGGGUUAGGUGGUGAGGAAGAUGAGGUGCCGUCGAAUUGGGGUGACAUGCUCAACGGGCACCACGCGACGAGCACCCCGUACUACUUCCCGGAACUGGGACGGCCGCCGCCGCCGAGGAAGAAGGCUUAUCAAAAUCCAGCGGCCAUCGAACUAGACGAGACAAGUGUGUGGUAUGAAGACUCGCGGACUGCAAACCAGCAGCCGGUGGUUCGGUUUCGCUGUGCCAAGUGCGGUGAGGGCGGGUUUGAGACUCUGCCCGGCCUCAAGGACCACCAGAGGCAGUGCUUCAAGUACAGAAAAGUACACAGUGCAAAUCGGACAAGACGGAAGGUCUAUUUUUGCAACUCGUGCGGCACAUACCACUCUGGCAGUGACUUAUACCUGCACACACUACAGGCACAUCAACGCCAUGUGUGCUUGUUCUGUAUGGCCACAUUCAUGAGGGCAGAUAAGCUGUCGUACCAUCUGCGAACAAGGCACAGACUGCCGAACGUCACCUUCUCCACGCUGACCGAAUUCUUCUCGCAUUUCACUAAAGGCUGUUUGCUGAGUUGCUGCUCUUGCAGUCGGUCAUUCUCCGAGACGGACAACUUCUCUGGACACGAGUGUCAACGGCCAAAGAACAAAUCGGCCAAAAUCGAGUCGUACAGUGCGGGAGAAAACCACCGGCACCCAGCUAGUCACUCAGGCUCCAACUUCACCCUGCCGCAGCUCAAAGACGUCACAAUUAUUCCCAUCAACAAAGGCGGAGCCAAAAAAGAGGCCACACAACAAUCUGCUGCGAAAACGCCCAGUCUCAAGAUUAAACUCAGCCUGCCCAAGAAGGGCAAGAAAAAAGAAGUCAGGACCCCUCCAGCCCCGACUGUCCUCGAACCGCCAACUAUUGUAGACGAUUCGGCCACGUUUGAGACUCCUAUCCGCGUGAAUGGUGAAAGUUUAACCGUGGAUUCGGAUUUGUCGAAACAUGAGGAAUCCGACUGGACGCAAAGCGAGUUGCCCUCUGUCGAGCCAGCGCCACCUGAGCCUGAGCCAGAACCGCAACCAGAACCAGUGGAGGAACCACCGCCUCCUCCCCCUCCACCAGAGGAGGAAAUCCAACUGGCUGGCGAGGAAGCCCCUCUGAUUGAUCUCUUCAUCAUCAAGCCCAUCGACGAGCUGCAGAUUAGAGAAUUGCUCAAGCAAGCCAUAACUGAGGCAUGCAGCACAUGUGUCUACUGCAGCCAUGCAGUCAAAAUUGCCGUCAAUGGAAGGCAGCUGGCCCUGCAUCUGUUGUCUCAUCACAGGUUCCAGCUUAUCUUCAAAAACGCACCACUUCCUUUAGAGACCUCCAUUGAACUCAUCAAGAGCAAAUUGCCUGAGCUGGAGAGCUCCUUCUUCAACUGCGAUUCAUACGACAAUGCCCUCACACCCGAAGAGCAGCCAAAGUUCAUGAGGCAUUACGAAUGUUUUCAGUGCAGAUAUGUAACUCUUCUGCACAAGGAGCUUUACAUCCACAAUCGGAAGAUGCACCAGAAGCACAGUCUCGUCUGCACCAUGUGCAAGACCAACUUUUUCAACUACAGUGAACUGCUUUGCCACCUGUGUCCAGGCGUGUACCUGGAUAACCACAGUACAAAGUUCCGGUGCUGCUUCUGCAGUGUGGACGACCUGCCAUCCUCAUUCCGGCUCAUGGUGCAUUUGCGCAAGUGCCAUCUUUCGUGCGAGGUGUGUCUGGAGGCGACGCCCGAUCAGUCCAAGUUGUCGGUGCACGUUUGGAAACACAAACUCAACCACUACUGCCAUAAGUGUUGCAUAGCGUACCGCAACAAGACAGACAUGACGAGGCACCUAUUCUGGAAGCACGGCACCGAGAGCGUGACUUGCAAAAAGUGCAUGCAGAAGAAGUGGCCGUAUGUUUAUCACUUCUGCAUACCGCCCACCGAGUUUUCGUGCGAGGAGUGCGGCUCAACCUUUGGCAGGGCAGUUGCUCUCAAAGUCCACAAAAGAAUCCAUACAAAUGAACUGCUAUACCCUUGUGGUGAGUGCAAUGAAAGCUUCAUUUCCCGUAAACUGCUGGCCAGGCAUGACAUAACAGUCCAUAAUCCUCCUCCUCCUCCGUCACCUGUAGAGGAUAAGAAGGAAGAACCAGAUGUUGAUGUAGAUGUGAUGGAGACUGAUGGUGAAAAUUCUUUUCCGUUUGAUACGACCACAAAAUCUGAACUGGAGCCAGACGGUUCCGCACAGCUGGAAGCUGUCGAAAAGAAAACCACUCCCAAGCGAGAUGUGUAUGACUUGCCUCCGCUGAAUCUGUCCUCUGACAGCGAGACAGACUCUGACACUGAAGAUGCUGCUGCAAAAGUGCCAGAAACGCAGCCUGCUGAAGAAAAGCGUUCAAGUGAAGCCAAAAAUUCGGUAGAACCUGCAGAAAUACAGACUAAUGCAGUUGCUCCGAUAGAUUCAGUUUGGGACAAUUUUAAAGAUCAGUCAGAUGAAAAGAAAGAAGAAAUUGCAACAGCUCAGCCCGCGGUUCCUAUGGAAGUUGUUGAAGUUUUAGCAGAGCCCCAAGAGCCUCCAGCUGAGGUGACAGAAACUCCUGCUGUGGUUGAAGAACCAGAAUCGCCUGCCCCGAUCCUGCCACCUGAGGAGCUUGCUGAACUGGUCCAGUAUGACCACGAUUAUUUCACUGUCCAGGCGUACGCAGAGGGAGAGGAGCCGGUUGACGAACCACCAAUGCCGGUAAUAGAAGACUUUCAGAUACCAUGCGAUAUGAUCCUUGCCAGUUUCACCGAAGGAAUACAGCUAAGUCCUCCCAGGCAUUUCAAGCGGAAAAGGCAAAACAGCUCUGGGUCUUCUUCGGACAGCAGUUCCAGCAGCUCGGACAGCGAUUCCAGCUCUUGCAGUUGCUCUAGCUCCAACUGCAGUUGCGGCUCGGGUUCCUCAAGCAGCUCGUCUUCAUCAAGCAGCACUUCUGAUUCUGAAUCGGAGACUGAAAGGAAGGCCCGCAAGUUGAAGAAGAAAUUGAAGAAAAAGGCCAAGGCCGAGCAGAACCUUCAGAACGGAGUGGCCGAUGAGGAAGGGAAGGAGGAGGAGCCCAUCGACAUUGGUCCCCCAGUUCUGUUCUUCCACGAGUCCGACUUGGACACCAAUGAGUCUGCCUCGGAUGACGAGAACUUUUACGACGAGCAUCCUCGCAAGAUCGGCCUCAACAGGCCGACCACCCUUUCCUCCAUUUUCUCACCCUCCAUCACUCCCGCGCCUACCCCUCCGCCAAGCCUCGAAAACGGCGUGGCCGGGGGCAGCAUGGCCAACUUGGACACGGUUCUUCCGCAACACCAGCAGUUCAAAUCCAAGAGCAAGAAGAAGAAGCGGCAGUCGCACACCCACACGUCGCCGUCGCAACCGCCCACCAAGAAGAAGAGGAAGGACCGCUGGUCGCCCGACGCCAUCUACGAAAGCAACCUGCGCUUCUUCCUGGCCAGCCAGGGCAAGGCCGUUCCUCCCCCGCGGCCAGUGCAGGAACCUGCCGACCUGGGCACCGAAGUGGCCGAGGAUGGCAGCAGGUCGUCCAAGCGCAAGCGCGUGCCCAAAAAGUUCUACGGUGACACGGACGACGAAGACUCGAGUCAGAACAUGAUGUUCUCGCCGCUGGUGGCGACCCCCGCGGGGCCCCCGCGGCCUGCCAAGAAAAAGUCGCGCUCCUCCAGCGUGGUGUCAGACAACACAACCCCCCAGCGCGUCCUGUCGCCGCGCGAAAUGACCGUGUCCGAACGCCUGCUGCAGGAGACGCUGGACUUCGUGGCCGCCGGACGCGACGGCAAAACGGCCGACGACCAGGAGUACCGCGGACGUCCCAAGCUGGUGUUGACCCUGCCAACAGGGUCGUUCAGUCGGUACAGCCAGGAGGCGCCUGAGACUUCCUCUGAGGAGGAGGAGGAGGCGUACGACUCGGACGAUGAGGCGGAGCCUGAACCGGCACCCCCUCCUCCCCCUCCGCAAGUCGUGGACAACCUGGAGACCUUCACCAGGGCGCACCCGUCCGAGAUGCAGACGCUGGACAGCAAACUGUACUGCUACUGCCGGUGUCCAUACGACGAGGUGUCCGAGAUGAUUGGGUGCGACGACCACGACUGCGCCUUCGAGUGGUUCCAUUUUGACUGCGUGGGCAUCACGGUGCCGCCGGUGGGCACCUGGUACUGUCCCGAGUGUCGCAAGAAACAAGCUUUAGCAGCUUCAUAGCAAUGAAACGCUUAUCGACUGGACUCUCGAGAGUAUUAAAACAGAAAAUCGGACCGUAGCCGUGAAAGGGGCGGGAAUGAAGAAGAAUUUGCUGCUCACUAGUUGACUCUUGUUUUGUUGGAUCGUUUUUCCUUCUCAAUCUCAUAUAGAGCUGUUGCGUUGCAUUAUUAUUUAUUAUGUGCAUUUAAAAAAAAACGUCUCUGUGUUUGACGGGCAGCAGAGUACAACGUUGAGGACCUGAAAUCGAUUUCCCUGCCACGAUCCAGCAGAGGGAAGUGGAUUUUAAUGUGGCUAAACAGCACGUAGUAGACUAGUUGUACAAAUUAAACGUCGAGCACACACACACACUUGUUUUCCUCGUCUCAUUAUUCUUUUUGUAAGAUGACUGAUGGUGUAGAAUGAUUCUGCGUGCAGCGGCAUUUCGCCUAUUUUGAACUGAUGUCCUGUCCAUGCCGGCGCCGAGAGUGUAGUAGUUGUUUCGAGCAACCAUCGUGGCCACUUAGCAUUUUAUUCUCGGUUCGGCAUUCUAAAAGAAAAUAAUCGCAGUGUAUAAAAUACUAUCGGAUCUAUUUGCGGCAUUUAACAGAAAAUUGAAAUCCUACUUUCACCAGGCAGACUGCUCGCAACCUGUUUGCAAAUCCAGCCCCUGAAAUUAUACCCUUCAAGUGUACAUUUGAGUUGCAAUCUUUCAAAAAUGGCAAGUGCAUAGUUUUACGGGAAUCAUUUUUGUGAUACAUGAAUAAAAUUAACAAGAUCCUUUA